AUGCAGGCGAAGGCCAACGACGUAGCCCACAAGAAGAAGGAUAGACGCGACGAGCUGAUCCCACUGCUGAGCUUCGACUACGGCCAGGCGGGCAUCGAGGGGGGCCCCGUCAACUUUGAGUUCGCGGUGGGCAGCGACGACGCUUCGACAGGGGGCAUCUGGAGCACGGCCAUCAUCCAGAAAGGUCGAGGCGACGUCUACACAGUGGCCUCGGCGGUUUCGCGGCUAGCCGAAUUGGGGCCCUCGCGGGUGGAACUAAAAUCAGGAGGAGCCGCCGGGUUCUCAUUCAUCAUGGCAGCCAGGGCCAGGGCGAUCAAAGACGGCAUCUGUGAGACGAUCCUCAUGGGGCAGUCGGAGAGGUACAACAGCCAGGCGAACGGCAGGGCCGAAAAGGGCCAUCCAGACGGUGAGGAAGCAAGUGAGGACGCUGAUGCUGCAGGUCAACAAGAAGCUGAACCACGACCUCAAGCCCGACACCCCAUUCCUUACGUGGUUGCCAAGGCAUGCAGCGUGGCUCUACAACAGAUGCAUGGUGGCAUUAACCUCGUACCCUACGGGAAGACCCACAUGCUCAAGCACCAGAAGCCCAUCGUCGCAGCCGGCGAGGCAGUGAUCUGCAGGAGGCCAGGAGCCCAGGUCAAUAAGCUGGAGGUGGACGAGCACCUGAUCGGAACGCCGACGGGAGCGCGCAGGUCCACGGCGGCGAAGAGGAAGAUGGAGAGCCGACGCUGGGACAAGGAGCUGUUCGACAAGAUGAGGAGCCCCGGGCGAGAACGCGAAGGCGGAGAAGGAAACGAAGGCAAGAAGUCCAGGGUCACUACCAUCCAGAUGAUCAGCGCGGUCAGGGAGAUGCGCGAGAAGCCGCAGGUGGAGGAUGAUGAGACGCGCCCGCUGGAGGACGACUUCACGGAGGUGAGGAAGGAGCGCUUGGAGAAGAUCGCAGGAGACGGCAAGAAGAUCGCACAGGCAAUCCCGAUCAAGGACACGACGUCCAAGAUCCCGACGGGGAAGUGGGUCGACAUCUACCAGGCGGACGGCAGCAAGAAGAGUCGGUGGACCACGAGGGGCUUCGAGCAGCAGGUGCACGGGCACGAGAACUUCGUAGCCACGACUCCCUCACUUCCGCACCUGAAGGCGAUGCUGGCCAACGCGGAGUUGCACGACCACGUGGUGGCGCUUGGCGAUUGCAGUGGAGCGUUCUACCAGGCGCACCUCGCCGAGGACCGCAUCUUCCUGGAACCACCACCAGAAGUAGGAGUACUUGAAGGGCAUGUUCGGGAGGCGAUGCGCGCAUUUCCAGGACCCAAAGGAGCGCCGAAGGCUUGGGAGGACCACAGUGCGAACACCAUGGAGGAGCUUGAGAUGGCCAGGGGCCACUACGACGGGUGUCUCUUCAUGAAGCUGAGCAAUAGGAUGAAGGCUGGGAGGCGCGCCGACGACUUCCUAAUCGCUGGGCCGAGCGGCGACGUGGACAAGUUGUUAGAUGCAAUGGGAGAGAGACUGAAGUCACUGGACGCGGUGGAGCUCACCAAGAACGGAGAUCAGGCGACGUUCCUGAACAUGCAGGUGGGGAAAGUCGAGGGCGGCUACACGAUCAGCGGCAAGACGAGCUUGAUCGACGAUAUCCUGAAGGAGCUAGGCUUGGACACGGCGAAGCCAUCAGUACUGUUCGAGACCAAGAACGAGAUGCGCAUGAAGAACGACGAGCUGAAGGUAGACACGGUGGGUCACAGUCGCUAUAGGAGGUAUUGCAGUGGAGUGCUGGUAGACGCAGACUGGGCCGAUGACAAGACCGACAGGAUCUCGACGAGCGGCGGCAUCCUGAAGUACCGCGGAUGCACCGACCUGUCGUGGUCCAGACGCCAGGGCUGCGUGGCAUUCAGUUCGGCGGAGAGCGAGCUAUAUGCGCUGGGAUCGGCUAUCGUUUUCGUUUUUUGUUUCUUACCUAUCAUUUAG